CAGCUAGCUUGAUGUUUCCGGUUGGAGCGGAGCAGCAGGAAGUGCUGGGUGAGGUCCGUGCAGCUGAGCAGAGCCUGGUACCGAUCAGUCAGGUUAAUGAAUAAACUGUUCGGUGCUAACGGGACUGGUUCCGGUCCUGACCCGCUCCAGGCUCCUUAACGGGACUGGUCUCCGUGGUUCCGGUCCUGACCCGGUCCACGUUCUCCGGUGCUAGCUCGGUUAGCUGYUAAUGCUAGUUAGCAGUCCCGUCCUGUCCCCGGCUCUUUGUCUCUCAGGGGGGCUCCGGUGUGGGGGGGUUCGGUGAAGUGGACCUGGUGCUCCGAACAGAACCUUUCCGGUCCUCCCAGAGAUGAACGGUACCACCUGUGGACCGGUUCGGCUGGAUACUUCCUCACACACAUAGAGCUGAGACAACGAACAAUGGCAGCUGUCAACACCGACACCACCACAGAACCGGAACCGAACCACCGGCUCUACAGCCUGGACGAGCUGGAGACUGUGGCCACAGUGGGCACGGGGACGUUUGGCCGAGUCUUCCUGGUCAAGGAGCAGAAGAGUAAAGCCUUCUUCGCCCUGAAGCAGAUGAAGAUCUCAGACGUGAUCCGACUGAAGCAGGAGCAGCACGUCCACAACGAGAAGGAGGUUCUAACAGAAGUCAACCACCCGUUCCUCAUCCGGCUCUUCUGGACUCACCARGACGAGCACUUCCUCUACAUGCUGAUGGACUACGUUCCAGGCGGGGAACUCUUCAGCUACCUGCGCAGCCGCGGGCGAUUCAGCAACAACUCAGGCCUGUUCUAUACCUCAGAGAUCGUCUGCGCCAUCGAGUACCUCCACUCCAAAGACAUGGUCUACAGAGACCUGAAGCCUGAGAACAUCCUGCUGGACAGCGAGGGACACAUCCGCCUCACAGACUUUGGUUUCGCUAAGAAGCUCUCCGACAGGUCAGACACCUUGAUUUCUGCUGGGGACUGAGGGCAUUCUGCUAGUUUUACAUCCCMACCUGUCUGAAGAACUCCUACUCCAGGAUGUUCAGCACUUAACUCAGCUU